GCCUGGCUACAGUGCUGAAGAGAAACCUGGGGUUGUUCUUAUUUUCUUCAAUCAGUGAUGAGUAGUAAGCUGUUCUGGCUUUGUGGAGGGCUUUCUUAUAAAGCAACAAACUAUUUCUCCAGGCUAAAUGAUGAUCCUCUAAAUUUGUGACACACCAUUUCCUCUCCAGAUUACAAGUUACUGCUUUAAGUUAAACGUUUAAGAGUUACUCCAGAGUACUUCUGAUUUGAGGCUCUCUUUUUCACAUUAGCUACAAUUUCCAGACUCGUGUAAUGAAGAGGUGAAAUGAUUAAGAAGAUAAUCAACCUCUGUUGGGAUAGCGCUCAGGCUGCUGUUCUGCUCUGUGUUGGUACUAGUGUUUGCAGGUUCGGUGGCUAAUCAUCUCGUGUCUAAACGCAGUCACUGGAACACCACCUUCCAUCACACAUGUCAAUCCCAGAGCUAUUGUGUUGCCGUCUUUGGUGCGGGAGGAUUUUUCCUGAGUUGAAAAAUUUGUUUAGACAGAUCAAGCCUGCAUACAAGAGAGCCAAUUACAGCAGCAUAAUGCUGUCUCCAAUUAGAUUCGCAACGUGCACUCUGAGGCAGGCACUGCUUAUUGUCCUGCAGAUUAAACCCAGCAAGCACACUGGCCCUCUGGCCUCACCGCCUGCUGUGAGCCUCAGGCCUCUUUUUUCCUUUGUCUGCAAGUCAAGCUUUAAUGCAUGAACCCUGUUGAGCUAAUUGCAGACAUGAACUGUCCGCUAAACAUUUCAGGUGAAUCUUCAGACAUGUUUUAGAUUUGUGAUAUCUAGCACACUGCUAGAGGUGAGAUUAAAUAUCCUGUUCUAAAAAUAACUAGUAAUAAUUAAAUUAAAUCCAUAAAAAAUAAUGUUUGGGUUACUGGGGGUGAAAUCCAGUCAUGUGACCUUUAAGCUGAUAAUUUAACCAUCACCAAUUCCUUUGCCCUUCUUUGAUUGGUUACACCAUUAUCCAGUGGUAUAAUCCUAAUAUACUGCAUAACAUCAUUAUGAUACCAUAUCAUUCUCAAACUUGUGCUGUGUAGUUGUGUGUUUUACAGUGAAUUUUCAGCUAAACAAGGAUCUGGCUAGAUUGUCUUGAUUUCUAAAUAUCAAACAAGAAAUACUGACGAACUGACCCUACUGCUAACCCUACUAUACUAACCCUAACAGGCCAUGAAAGCCUAUAAUUGAUAUCUGCCCAUUUUUGUCUUGUGCAUAUUUGAUGAUAUUAGAUUUUUUAGCUUUUAUAACAGUGCUAGUAGCGCAGCAACCUUUCUUCCUUCGUUCAUUUGAAAGUUGCUCCAUUCAACUCAGACACCCUGUUUUUAAUAAGCAGUCUCUUUUUGCACCCAGCCAAAUAUAGCAUGUAGCACUUUUCUCCUUAUGAAAAUAAAAAAAUAUGAUUGACUGACCAAUGAGAAUUCGGUUGGAUUCGAGGGAAAUAUGGCCCCUGAGACUAAAGUCCUUAUUUACAUACCUAGAGUCAAACACAGACUUGCAGUGUCUGAGGAUUCAGUGAAAAAGCACAAAUCUUUGCUGCCUCAUCCCAGGGUUGUGUCUAAUAUAAUGGAUUCAGUGUAAGAGAUGAGACCUUAGAACAGCCGCUGUGUAUGUAAUGAGUAAGAACAGUGACUAGAACAGCUGGGCCUAAAAUGAGGCAUACGAGGUUUCAGCUUGCAGCAAUUACUUGUGACUUCUUCUUGGCUUGGCGUUGCAAAAGAACUGUUUGUGUUGAUUAGCUGACAGGAUGUUGUGAUGUUAAUGACUGUGAAGAAAUUGCAAUAAUGAGUUUUAAGGAAGAAGUGAGUUGGUGUUAAUAAUGGUGAAGCAAUGGAGGGAGGGGCAUGAAAACAUUGCGGCUGUCAGCCGAUGGUUAUCUGAUCUUCCAACAUCAGCAUCAACUAGACUCAAAAUUACAAUCCCAAGUCACAAAAAUGCUGUGCAAAAAUUAAAAAUUUUUUUUUUUACAAAAGUUUAAAAAAAUAUAUUUUUUUACUCACUCUACACCAAAUAUUCACAUAUGUAGUGCAACUUGUCAGGACGCUCAAAGUUUUUAAAGCACAUCAAUAUGACUGAUUUUGUGAGACAAGGGCCUUUCUCAUGUCAUGCCUCCCUCACAUGAAUACCAUUUGUGGAUCGGUUGGCCUGAUCUUACCUCUAAAGUCGCUCUUUUAACUGGCUAAUGUAUGUUUUAUCAGUGUGAUCUUUAAUUGAGUAGCUUAGUGGGUAAAUUGCUGGCCUUUUACCGCUGCUGUGCUGAAGGUUGUGGGUUCAAGUACAGCAAUGGACACUUUUCUGUUUCACAAAACAACAAAAACGACCACUUUAGUAAAGCUUGCUCUAAACUUGUCUCUAUAGAACUCAUCUGAUACACCAAGAAGAGACUUAGUGCUGCUAUUAAAUUCAUAAUAACCUUUUUGAACGUUUAAACAUUAAGUAAAGCAACACGUACUUCACCAUAUGUGCAGCGAUUCUGCUUACAGAUGUGCACAGUCAUCUCAAAAGGCUGAUUCAUGCUAGUUAAAACCAUGCUAAGUUGUGGCUAUUAUGCCAUUGUGCUAUGACCAGCAUACAUUCAGCAAAACAAUAAUAUGUCAACAUAAAGUAAUGAUCAGUUAAUAAGGGUGUUCAUCCCAACUGUUUUGGAGUUGGGGUUAUACUUUGCAAUCACAGGUUAAAUAUCAAAUCUGAUCUAUAAUCAGAAACACUGUCAGACAAAUCUGCUGCAAGUCUUUUCAGUUGUUGCUGCACAUGCGUUCACAUGGUUAAACAUUUAAAGGUUGAAGAUCUCUCCUUUCCACUUUACUUCCAAUUAUGAAGAAGUUACAGCAUGUUUCGAUGGGCUGGUUUCUGAAAUGUAGGUUAAAGUCAUGGAAAAACAAACAAAGUCAGACGCUUGCCCUUCCUGUGGUCAUAUUUAGCUGUAGGUUUCAUUUCGCUCAGACGGCUCCUGUCCAGUUCUCAGUAUAGCCUGUCCAGAGUUGUCUUCUCAAAAUAGACUUCUUGACUGCAGCCGUUCUGAUACUACCUUCAUUGCAAGACAGCGUCACAAGCGCUGCCUUCUUUAACGGCUCAAAAACAGCGACUCCAGUAUUUACACUGUCAAGCUCGUGCCACUCGAGGAGCCGUAGGUUUCUAAAGCAGGCCUAAAACAUAUUCUAACACUCGUAUUUUCACCAGUGUGCAGUACACUCGUCAACACAUGGAGAUCUCAUCAGCAAAAUACUAUACAAUAACUGCCAGUGUUCAAAGUAAGCACUUAAAUAGAAAUAAACACAUGCACACAAGUAUAUCGGCUGUUCAGAUAUUAGAAUUAUGAGUUUAUUAUGAUUUAAAGCAACGAUGUCCUGUCUCCACAGAUGCAGCAGCUCUUCUAUGAGAAUUAUGAACCAAACAAGAAAGGCUACAUACGCGAUCUCCACAACAGCAAGAUUCAUCGAGCCAUCACACUUCACCCCAACAAGAACCCCCCCUACCAGUAUCGCCUUCACAGCUACAUGCUCAGCCGCAAGAUCGCAGACUUGCGCCACCACACCAUCCAGCUGCACAGGGAGAUUGUCCAGAUGGGGCGCUACGGAGCGGUCGAGCCUGACCGAGAGGACCUCCAGCUCGGCAUGCCCCCUUCGUUCAUGCGCUUCCACCCCCAUCAACGAGAGGAAGUUCUGGAGUGGGAGUUUCUGACGGGAAAGUACCUGUUCUCGUCGUCUGACAGUCAGCCACCCCGUCGUGGCAUGGAUUCCUCUCAAAGGCAGGCCCUGGAUGACAUCAUCAUGCAAGUGAUGGAGAUGAUCAACGCCAACGCCAAAACACGUGGUCGUGUUAUUGAUUUCAAAGAAAUCCAGUAUGGCUACAGGAGGGUCAAUCCCUUGUACGGGGCAGAAUAUGUUCUGGAUCUGCUGCUGUUGUACAAGAAACACAAGGGAAAGACCAUGACGGUUCCUGUGAGGAGACACGCCUACCUGCAGCAGACUUUUAGUAAGAUCCAAUUCAGAGAGGAGGAGGAGAUGGAUGCCAGAGGUCUGGCCAGCCACAUCAACAAGGAAUCCGACUCCCUCUCAUUUCUGUCCAACUCGCUGAAGAUGCUGGUGCCCUUCAAGCUGGCUACCUCUGGUCAGGAUCAGAGGGAGCCCAAAGAAAAGAAGGUCAACAUCCUGGUACCGCUGUCAGGCCGCUACGACAUCUUUGUGCGCUUCAUGGCUAACUUUGAACGAGUAUGUCUGAUCCCCAACCAAAAUGUUAAACUACUGAUCCUGCUUUUUAGCACCGAUAACAAUACUGAGCGGGUGAAGCAGGUGGAACUUAUGAGGGAGUAUCACAUGAAGUAUCCUCGAGCAGAGAUGGAGAUAAAGCCUGUCCCCGGCUCCUUCUCCAGGGCUUUGGCUCUGGAAGUUGGUUCGUUACACUUCUCUAACGAUUCCCUGCUUUUCUACUGUGAUGUGGAUCUGCUUUUCUCCAGCGAAUUCCUCAAAAGAUGUCGGACUAAUGCUGUCCUGGGGGAGCAGACGUACUUCCCCAUCAUCUUCAGUCAGUAUGACCCUAAAGUAGUAUAUGCUGGGAAGGUCCCCAGCAACAACCACUACGUCUUCACCUCUAAAACAGGCCUGUGGAGGAACUACGGAUUUGGGAUUGUCUGCGUAUACAAGAGCGACCUGGUUCGAGCCGGAGGCUUCGACACUUCCAUACAGGGCUGGGGGUUAGAGGACGUAGAUCUUUAUAAUAAAUUUGUCCAGUCAGGGAUCAAGUUGUUUAGAAGCACAGACACAGGAAUAGUUCACGUUCAUCAUCUAGUCACAUGUGACCCCCACCUGGAUGUGAAGCAAUACAAGAUGUGCCUGGGCUCCAGAGCUUCCUCGCAUGGCUCCACCCAGCAGUUGGCUGAGCUCUGGCUCGAGAAGAACAACCACGGCUUCAGGAGACUGGCCAGCAAUAAUGGGUCAGUUAGGACAGCGUAAGAAGUGCUGGGUUGUCAUUAACUGAACUCACUUUCCCUUCUUAGUAGUAGUUUCACUGCUUAAUUUAUUUUUUAAUGAAAUUAAAUAAUUCACAUUGAUAUAUUUUUAAAAUAUCUUUCUUUUUUAAAAGAAACAUCCUAAUGAGCAGCUCGUCUGGCCAGUCUGUUCUCUUUCCUGAUUGUUGCCGGGGCUCCUUUUGCGCAUACGUUAUCUGUCAGGCUACUAGUUAGUUUGGUUAUUAAUGUUCGCCUCAGUAAAGUCCAGUCUUUCAAAGCAGACUGGUGUCCUCUCAGACCAACAGUGCUCAAACUACAUUCAGUUGCUGAUUGUGAACAUGAAUGAAACGACUGCCUGGGCCGCUUCUUUGGAAAGCAGAUUUAGGUGGUUUUCUUUUACAUUUACUCUCAUGGUUUUGGUGAUAUGACUUAACACUGUUUUUGUUUCUUUUUUAUAUAUAUAUAUAUCUAUAUUUUGUAUUGUUAAUUUCUGUAGACCCAACUGCUGAAUCUGCAAUUCAUGAUUUUCUAUCUAAUUUAUUGAAUUUGCAGGCUUCAUUUUCUACAAUCUGCUGAAAUGUGUAUGUGGGACAGUUGUACAUGUCAGUUGUGGUUAGUUUUCUUUUUUCCUUAAGCUCUCUCACCAAAGAGUUUUGCACAGUCUGCUUUUACAUUUCAUGGUGUGUGCGUGUGUGUGCGUGUGCGUAUGUGUGUGUGUGCGUGUGUGUGUUUUGCAGGCAUGAACAUGGAACUAGCUCCAUAGUGGAGGACACACAAAUCAAAUCUUUUAAAUGGGUGAAGUGUUGCACAUCUGGCUUCCACUUCAAGCUUGAUUUAGCAGCACUUUGAUUGUUUAAGUCGCAUAUUUUAUAAGGUUUUCUCUUUUUUCCAAAUCAAUUCCUCUUAUGUUGACAUGAGAGGUGUCAUUCCUGUCUAGUUUUACAGGUUUGAUGACAAAUCAUUUCCUCUUUCAUGCCCCUGCCUGUGAACUUCCACUGUAGGACUCUGUUGGGUUUCUGCAGCAUUACAACAUGAUUUAUAACACUGAUCACACAAGCAGUUACUGUGCUGUCAUCAUGGUUUGAUUUUCUUGGACUUUAAAUGUUUUAUUGCUUUCUAAAUGGACAAGGUUUUCUAUUUAAAAAGAAAUAAAAUUGGGGGAGAGUAAA